UGCUGUCUGUCCAAUGAGUACGUGGUUUUUGUAGUGGUAGUAGUCCUGUUACCGGUUUUGGGAAAAUCAUUGUAGUAUUUGGCCAGUUGAAUUUCUUUUAAACUAUGUUCCUUACGAGAUCUGAGUAUGACCGUGGUGUCAAUACUUCUCCAGAGGGAAGACUGUUUCAGGUAGAAUAUGCUAUUGAAGCUAUUAAGCUGGGUUCAACAGCAAUUGGAAUUCAGACCUCUGAGGGUGUCUGUCUCGCUGUAGAGAAGAGAAUUACCUCUUCACUGAUGGAACCAAGCAGCAUUGAAAAAAUUGUUGAAAUAGACAGUCAUAUAGGUUGCGCAAUGAGCGGUCUAAUAGCUGAUGCCAAAACAUUAAUAGACAAAGCACGGGUUGAAACGCAGAACCACUGGUUUACAUACAAUGAGACCAUGACGGUAGAAAGUGUUACGCAGGCGGUCUCAAACCUAGCGUUGCAAUUUGGUGAAGAAGAUGCAGACCCAGGAGCAAUGAGCCGGCCUUUUGGUGUGGCCCUUUUAUUUGGAGGUGUGGAUGAAAAAGGACCCCAGUUGUUUCACAUGGAUCCGUCAGGUACAUUUGUACAGUGUGAUGCAAGAGCGAUUGGGUCUGCUUCUGAGGGUGCACAGAGUUCUUUACAGGAAGCCUAUCACAAGUCAAUGUCACUCAAAGAUGCAAUAAAGUCCUCCCUUACCAUUCUGAAGCAAGUAAUGGAGGAGAAGCUUAAUGCAACCAACAUUGAGCUGGCAACCGUAGAACCAGGGAAAACGUUCCACAUGUUUACCAAGGAAGAGCUGGAAGAAGUUAUUAAGGAUAUUUAAGAAGCAUUGCCUUAGGACCAUCCAGAACUUCUUGCCUACUCCAAAAUUCAAGCUCUGUGAGUCGGUCUGAAGAUGGUUUUAGUAUGGGCAUUUGUCUUCUGCCUAUUGUGAUCUAGUUUGAUUUUUACCAUUUUCCUGUACAUAGAAUGUUUCCUUAAAAUAACAGACCUGCAGUACCAGAAUGACUACUUUUGUUACAAAGUAUAUCAAUAAACUCUUAUAUUCAGACUGAA